UUUCUAGAUAACUGAAAGUGACGUAAAUGUGGAGGAAGUCAGGAGACUCAGACAUGGAAGACAGAAGACUUCAUCCGGAAGCCAGGCCCAGGAUUCCCCAGAACAACCGCAGAGGGACUGUGGAUGAAGACUUACCACCAAGAGCUAGAAACCCAGCGGCAAGUGCUCCUAGAGGAGGAGCCAACCAGCCUGGGAGGCAUCCCAGGGCCAACAACAAUCCUUUUGCUUGCCGGCAAAGGGAAGACAGGUUUGGGGCCAUGGGCAGGAACCCACAUCCAGGAAGGAGGAACCAUGAGGGCCACGCCAAUGAAGAAGCUAGAGGCCAAAGACACGGUCAAGAGAAUGACACCAGGCGGAGGAAUGGCAACCAGGAAGGAAGAAACCGCAGACCACCACGACCCAGUGAAAACUUCCAGCAGUGGCGGAGCCCCUACCAGAAGCCUGCAGAACAGUCGCAGCAGGUAAAGAGGCUGGGCUACAAGUUCCUCGAAAGUCUUCUGCAGAAAGACCCCUCUGAGGUGGUCAUCACACUGGCCACGAGUUUAGGUCUGGAGGAGCUCCUGUCUCAUUCUUUCAUGAAACCCAACUUCCUUGAGCUCAUCUGCCAGGUUCUUCGGAAGGCUUGCAGCUCUAAGAUGGACCGGCAGAGUAUUCUCCAUGUACUGGGCAUAUUGAAGAACUCUGAAUUCCUCCGAGUCUGCCUGCCUGCCUAUGUGGUAGGGAUGAUCACUGAACCCAUUCCUGACAUUCGAAACCAGUAUCCAGAGCACAUUAGCAACAUCAUCUCGCUCCUCCAAGACCUUGUAAGCAUCUUCCCUUCCAGCUCUGUGCAGGAAACAUCCAUGCUUAUCUCCCUCCUGCCAGCUUCCCUUAAUGCUCUGAGGGCCUCAGGAGUUAACAUAGAAGAGGAGACAGAGAAGAACCUAGAAAAGGUGCAGGUCAUCAUUGAACAUCUGCAGGAAAAGAGGCGAGAGGGUACUUUAAGAGUGGACACCUUUACCCUCGUGCAGCCUGAGGCCGAAGACCAGGCUGAGGGCUACCGGACUAUGCCCAUUUAUCCUACCUACAAUGAAGUGCACAUGGAUGAGAGACCCUUCCUUCGCCCCAACAUCAUCACUGGGAAAUACGACAGCACUGCUAUCUAUCUGGAUACUCACUUCCGACUGCUUCGAGAAGAUUUUGUCAGACCCCUACGGGAAGGGAUUUUGGAACUUCUUCAGAGCUUUGAAGACCAGGGCCUGAGGAAGAGAAAGUUUGAUGACAUACGGAUCUACUUCGACGCCAGGAUCAUCACCCCCAUGUGCUCAGCAUCAGGUAUUGUCUACAAGGUGAAAUUUGACACAAAACCACUGAAGUUUGUUCGCUGGCAGAAUUCCAAGCGAUUGCUCUAUGGGUCCUUAGUGUGCAUGUCCAAGGACAACUUUGAGACAUUUCUUUUUGCCACUGUGUCUAACCGGGAACAGGAAGAUCUCUGCCAAGGAAUUGUCCAGCUCUGCUUCAAUGAUCAGAGCCAACAGCUGCUGGCCGAGGUCAAGCCCUCUGACUCUUUCCUCAUGGUAGAGACAACCGCAUACUUUGAGGCCUACCGACAUGUCCUCGAAGGACUCCAGGAAGUCCAGGAGGAAGAUGUCCCCUUCCAGAGAAACAUCAUAGACUGUGACUCUCAUGUGAAGGAGCCAAGGUACUUGCUAGCAGGGGGCAGAUAUGAUUUCACCGCUUUGCUACAGAGUCACUCAGAUUCUGGGAAAACUCUGAGGAGCCUUGAGGACUUGAGACAUACCAGAGUUGAUGUCUUAGAGCCCAGCCAAUGGCCCUCAAAGGAAGCCCUGAAGCUGGAUGCCUCCCAGAUGGAAGCCUUGCAGUUUGCCCUCACAAGAGAACUGGCUAUUAUUCAAGGACCUCCUGGAACAGGCAAAACCUAUGUGGGUCUGAAAAUUGUUCAGGCUCUUCUAACCAACAAGCUGGUUUGGCAAGUUAACUACCAGAAGUUCCCCAUCUUGGUUGUGUGUUAUACUAACCAUGCUCUGGAUCAGUUUCUAGAAGGUAUCUACAAGUGUCAGAAGACCAGCAUUGUGAGAGUGGGUGGAAGGAGCAACAGUGAGAUUCUGAAACAGUUCACCCUGAGGGAGCUGCGGAACAAGCGGGAAUUCCGCCACAACCUCCCCAUGCACCUCCGAAGGGCCUACAUGAGUAUCAUAACACAGAUGAAGGAAUCUGAACAAGAGCUGCAUGUAGGAGCCCAGACCCUGGAGUGCACCAUGCGCGGGGUGCUGAGGGAACAGCACCUGGAGAAGUACAUCUGCAGCCAGCACUGGAAAAGUCUGAUGAAUGGGCCAGUACAGGAUCCCGAAUGGAUUUGCUUCCAGGGACGGAAGCACUCCAUGAUGCUGGAGUGGCUGGGUCUCGGUGUCGGUUCUUUUACCCAAAGUAUUAUUCCAGCAGGGCCUGAGAAUACAGCCCAGGAAGAAGGGGACGAUGAGGAGAAAGAUGGGGAGGAGGAGGCUUCGCUAAUCAAGAUUGCAGAGGAGGCUGACCUGAUUCAAGCCGACCGGGUGAUUGAGGAGGAGGAAGUGGUGAGGCCCCGGCGGCCGAAGAAGGAAGAGAACGUAGCUGACCUGCUGUUGGCGAAAAUGCUUCUGGCCAUGAGGCUUGACAAUGCUGGCCAAGGGACUGCAGCUGGGCAGGAGGCAGCCGCAGGAGAGUGGCAGACCCCACGCAGUCAGAAAAAGAAAAUGAAGAAGAGAGUGAAGAAUGAGCUUCUGAAACUAAGCACCAUGACUGAAGCCGAGGCCAGGGAAAUCCAGGACGUGUGGCAGUUGGACUUGAAUUCUCGGUGGCAGCUUUAUAGGUUGUGGCUCCAGAUGUACCAGGCUGACACCCGCCGCAAGAUCCUCAACUUUGAGCACUUGUACCGCACAUCGGCAGAGAGAAUGGCUGAACUCAGGCUCCAGGAAGAUCUGCUUAUCCUUAAAAAUGCUGAAGUCGUAGGGAUGACAACCACAGGUGCUGCCAAAUACCGACAGAUCUUGCAGAUGGUGGAGCCUCGGAUUGUCAUUGUGGAAGAGGCUGCCGAAGUCCUGGAGGCCCACACCAUUGCCACACUGAGCAAAGCUUGCCAACACCUCAUUCUAAUUGGGGACCACCAGCAGCUGCGCCCCAAUGCCAACGUGUAUGAUCUGGCCAAGAACUUCAACCUUGAGGUGUCCCUGUUUGAACGGCUGGUGAAAGUAAACAUUCCCUUUGUCCGCCUGAAUUACCAGCACCGCAUGCGCCCUGAAAUUGCCCGCCUUCUGACCCCCCACAUUUACCAGGACCUAGAAAAUCACCCCUCUGUUCUCAAGUAUGAGGACAUUAAGGGGGUUGCCUCCAACAUUUUCUUUGUAGAACACAAUUUCCCUGAGCAGAAGAUUCAAGAGGGUAAAAGCCACCAGAACCAACACGAGGCCCACUUUGUGGUGGAGCUCUGCAAGUACUUCCUGUGCCAGGAAUACCUCCCCUCCCAAAUCACCAUCCUCACCACCUACACCGGCCAGCUCUUCUGCCUACGCAAACUCAUGCCUGCCAAGACCUUCGCCGGGGUCAAGGUCCACGUCGUGGACAAAUACCAAGGGGAAGAGAAUGACAUCAUCCUCCUCUCACUGGUGCGCAGCAACCAAGAAGGCAAGAUGGGUUUUCUCCAGAUCUCCAACCGGAUCUGCGUGGCCUUGUCUCGGGCCAAGAAGGGCAUGUACUGCAUUGGAAACAUGCAGAUGCUGGCCAAGGUGCCCCUGUGGAGCAAGAUCAUUCAUACCCUUCGGGAAAACAAUCAGAUAGGCCCCGCGCUCCAGCUGUGCUGCCAGAACCACCCCAACACCCACACUUUGGUAUCCAAAGCAGCCGACUUCCAAAAAGUGCCCGAGGGAGGCUGCAACCUGACCUGUGAGUUCCGACUGAGCUGCGGGCACGUCUGUACCCGGGCCUGUCACCCCUAUGACUCGUCGCACAAGGAGUUCCAGUGCAUGAAGCCCUGCCAGAAGGUCAUCUGUGAGGAUGGGCACCGGUGCCCUCAAGUUUGUUUCCAGGAGUGUCAGCCUUGUGAGGUGAAGGUGCCCAAAACCAUUCUUCGGUGUGGCCAUGAACAAAUGGUCCCUUGCUCCGUGUCGGAGUCAGAUUUCUGCUGCCAGGAGCCUUGCCCCAAAUUCCUGUCUUGUGGGCACAGAUGCAGUCACCCCUGUGGGGAGAAAUGUGUACAGUGGUGUUCAGAAAUGGUCUCCGCGGAACUCAGGUGUGGACAUACGCAGCAGGUGGAGUGUGGCCAAGUGGACACCAUCAAGUUUGAUCUGUCAGUCAUUUGCACCACCAAGUGCGGCACCACCUUGGACUGUGGGCAUCCUUGCUCUGGCUCCUGCCACAGCUGCUUUGAAGGGCGUUUCCAUGAGCGCUGCCAGCAGCCCUGCAAGCGCCUACUCAUCUGCUCACACAAGUGCCAGGAGCCGUGCAUCGGCGAGUGCCCACCCUGCCAGCGGGUCUGCCAGAACCGCUGUGUCCACAGUCAGUGCAAGAAGAGGUGUGGGGAACUGUGCACCCCGUGUGUGGAGCCCUGCGUCUGGCGCUGCCAGCAUUACCAGUGCACCAAACUCUGCUCAGAGCCCUGUGACCGACCCCCGUGCUAUGUGCCUUGUACGAAGCUGCUGGACUGCCGCCACCCCUGCAUUGGUCUGUGCGGGGAGCCAUGUCCCAAGAAGUGCCGUGUGUGUCACCAGGAAGAGGUCACCCAGAUCUUCUUCGGCUUUGAGGAUGAACCCGAUGCCCGCUUUGUGCAGCUGGAAGACUGCAGCCACAUCUUCGAGGUGCAAGGCCUGGACCAGUAUAUGAACGAACAGAAAGAUGAUGAAGUGGCCAUCAAGUUGAAAGUCUGCCCUAUCUGCCAGGUGCCCAUCCGCAAAAACCUGAGGUAUGGAGCCAGCAUCAAACAGAGGCUGGAAGAGAUCGAAGUCAUCAAGGAAAGGAUCCAAGGCUCCGCAGCGGAAAUCGCAGCCAGCCAGGAGCGACUUAAGGCCCUCUUGGAGAGGAAGACCCUCCUCUUCCAAUGGCUUCCAGAAGAAUUCCUGAUGCUAAAAAAGAAGCUGGCCCAGAAAUCCCUGUCAGUGAAGGGCCUGGGGCUUAUUGAGAACUGCAUCAGCUUCUAUGACCGCUUGGCUGGCAUGUUGGAUUCCCUGAAGAGGGUGCAUGUCUUAGAGUAUAAAAAUGUGAAGUCCCGUCUAAACCAGGUUCAUGAGUGGCUUGAAAAGAAGCGGUUGAGCUUCACCAGCCAGGAGUUGAGUGACCUCCAGAGUGAAAUCCAGAGGCUCACAUACCUGGUGAACCUCCUGACCCGCUGCAAGAUGGCCGAGGGGAAGGUGAGAGGUAGCCUAGCUGAAGAGGUGCACAGCAUCCAGAAGGUCCUCAUGAGCACACGUAAGUUCACCCAGGAGGACGAGCAGCUUGUGCAAGAAAAGAUGGAAGCUUUGAAAGCCAGCCUUCCCUGCUCUGGCCUGGCCAUCUCCGAGGAAGAGCGUGUGCAGAUUGUCAGCGCCAUGGGUUUUCCUCGUGGCCACUGGUUCAAGUGUCCCAAUGGCCACAUCUACGUCAUCAGCGAAUGUGGGGGAGCCAUGCAGAGGGGCAAAUGUCCCGACUGUAAGGCGGUGAUUGGUGGCACCUGUCACACCCUGGAAAGCAGCAACCAGCUUGCACCUGAGAUGGAUGGAGCCCAACAUCCUGCUUGGUCAGAAACUGCCAACAACCUGAUGAACUUUGAGGAGAUCCAGAGGAUGAUGUAG